GGUACAAAAGCUCAUUUUUGGUGGGAUUUAGAAAUACCCCUCUCGGAUGGAUAUGCCACAGCAUCCUCACAAAGUAGUUCCGCGGAGCGAGAGGCUAUAGAGAUCACCUUGAGCUGCUCUCACUGUAGCGCCAGUUACAUCGGUCUCAGAGAACGACUGUCGAUCCAAGAACUUCUUCCCAUUCUCAAGCGAUCACCAUGCCUCAGCCGAAGAACGUCGACAUGGGCUCCGCCUUCAUCCAGACGCAGCAGCUGAACGCCGCCAUGGCUGACACCUUCCUGGAGCACAUGUGCCUGCUGGACAUCGACUCUGAACCCACAACUGCCCGCAACACUGGAAUCAUCUGCACCAUCGGUCCGGCCUCUCGCUCGGUCGACACCCUGAAGGAGAUGAUCAAAUCUGGAAUGAACAUCGCCCGUCUGAACUUCUCUCACGGAACACACGAGUAUCAUGCAGGUACCAUCAAGAAUGUGCGUGAGGCCUGUGAGAGCUUCGAGCCCGGCAGCAUCCAGUACCGGCCGAUUGGAAUCGCACUUGACACCAAAGGGCCAGAGAUCAGGACUGGACUCAUCCGAGGAAGUGGCACAGCUGAGGUGGAGCUGAAGAAGGGCAACAUGAUCAAGAUCACCUUGGAUGAUUCCCACCAGGAUAACUGCAGUGAUGAGAUUCUGUGGCUGGACUACAAGAACAUCACCAAGGUGGUGGAGGUUGGCAGCAAGAUCUACAUCGACGAUGGCCUCAUCUCCCUGAUGGUCAAAGAAAUCGGCUCCGAUUACCUCAACUGUGAGAUUGAGAACGGUGGAUCCUUGGGCAGUAAGAAGGGAGUGAACCUCCCAGGCGCUGCUGUAGAUCUGCCAGCCGUCUCGGAAAAGGACAUCCAAGACUUGACGUUCGGCGUGGAGCAGGGAGUGGACAUGGUCUUCGCCUCCUUCAUCCGUAAAGCCGCCGACGUCCACGCUGUCAGAGAGGUGCUGGGAGAGAAGGGCAAAAACAUCAAGAUCAUCAGCAAGCUGGAGAACCACGAGGGAGUGCGCAGAUUCGACGAGAUCAUGGAGGCCAGCGACGGCAUCAUGGUCGCCCGUGGUGACCUGGGUAUCGAGAUCCCAACUGAGAAGGUCUUCCUCGCCCAGAAGAUGAUGAUCGGCCGCUGCAACCGAGCUGGCAAGCCCAUCACGUGUGCCACUCAGAUGCUGGAGAGCAUGAUCAAGAAGCCGCGUCCCACUCGUGCUGAGGGCAGCGACGUGGCCAACGCCGUGCUGGACGGCGCCGACUGCAUCAUGCUGAGCGGCGAGACCGCCAAGGGAGACUACCCCCUGGAGGCCGUGCGCACACAGCACAUGAUUGCUCGUGAAGCCGAAGCGGCCAUGUUCCACCGGCAGGUGUUCGAGGACCUGCGUCGCUCCACGCCGUACUGCAAAGACCCGGCCGAGGCCAUUGCUAUCGGUGCCGUUGAGGCCUCCUUUAAGAGCUUAGCGUCUGGAAUUAUUGUGAUCACAGGCUCUGGAAGGUCCGCCCACCUGCUCUCCAGGUACAGGCCCCGCGCUCCCAUCCUGGCUGUGACCCGUAACGCGCAGACUGCUCGCCAAGCCCACCUGUACCGAGGAAUCUUCCCUGUGCUCUACACUAAACCGGCGCACGACGUCUGGGCCGAGGACGUGGACAUGCGCGUCAACUUCGCCAUGGAUAUGGGUAAGGCCCGAGGCUUCUUCAAGACCGGAGACGUUGUCAUCGUACUGACCGGCUGGCGCCCCGGUUCUGGCUACACCAACACCAUGCGUGUGGUCCUGGUGGCCUAAAAAGCUGCUCAGGUUUCCUCCAGCCCGCCUGCCCGACAUCCCAUCUCCACACUCGACCUCACGGUUUUAGAUGAACCUCUGAAGAAUUAGGGCACACUUUCUCAGUCCAUUCCUUUCACAGUGAUUCCUGAAUCCAGUCGGCCCAACCUCAGACCAGAAACUGCUGUGCCGCGCUCACUCGAGUGCCGUCGGCAGGCCUCGUGCAUGCGCUCUGAUUUCGGUGGAGUUGGUGGCGAGGCCACGCGCCCAUCCUGCCGGAGCACUCCCCUCGCACUGAAAUGUAAUCGACACUCCUCCGCCGGACUACCGAACAAAGUGACGAAACGUCAAGGGCUCCACCUCUCCACCAAAACAGACCCGCUGUGUGUGCGCUUUCUGUGUGUGCGUGUUAGUGUUGCACUCCGAGCUAUGUUACACUCAAGUAUACUUGACUAUGUGGUGAGUUUCACAUCCAAGACUGCUUAUAUUUUGUCAGAGAGUUGUCAGUUUUGGAUGUCUUGUUAGAGCUGCUGUAUUUAUGUUGUAAGGUGUUCUCUGUACUCGCUGGCAUUUAGAAAAACAGUGUUCAUUUAUCAAACUAAGCACCUUUUUAAGUGACCUGGGAUGUGAUUUAGUUUCCUUCAGAGCCGCCAGCGAUGGCUUCAUAACCCCUCGCGCUCGUUCGUCUCCUCUGUGAGUGUCGCCGUCUAACAUGCUUCUGAUUGUUUGGCUGAAAGUGAACAUGGGGUGAGCUGUGGAAGACUGGAUUUCAAUCAGUAAAGUCCAUGAAAUCAAACAA